AUGGAGGGGAACGGGAACGGGAACGGGAACGGGGAGGUUGACCUGGACGCGACGAUGACCACCCUAGGCCCGGAGGACGACACAUCUCAGGGGCUAAUUCUGACGAACAAGCAGCGGGUCAUGUACCGGCCGCCGGCAGGGAAGUCUGUCCUAGGUCUUGACACCCUUGCUGACAAGAAACGGGCAGCGGGAGGCGGCAGUGUGUUUAAGCCACCCCCUCCCAAGGUAGCUGUUGCUGCAGGUUCCAUCGAUGAAGAUGAGAAGCCAGGAGCUACAGAGAAUGAUGCGGCGAGCCUCUCCACGGCGAUUCGCAGUAACUCAUCACGCCGCUAUCGAGGAAGCGGUUCUGAUGAUAAAACAUCUUUGAAUGAACCAACAGUCACUGAUAAAGAUGAAAGGGCCCCAACACCCAGCCAUCGGGAUGAACCCCACCGGCAAGAGACCCACAUCUCUGGAAGCUCUCAAGGUUCUCGUCCUCAUGGCACUCCUCGUGGUUAUGAUUAUUAUGAUGAUAGAGGAUCAUGUGAUAAACAUGGUGAUCAUGAGAGAUCUGCAUCCAUAGGCUAUAGUAGUAGUGGAAGGCGAAGAUACCAUGAUGAUAGAGAAUCUCAUACUAGGCGUGAUGAGCGUGGGAGGUCUAUAUCGAUUGAAUAUACUAACAAGAGAAGUCGACAUGAGCAUAGCUCAAGAAGCUCAAGAACACCUGCAAGAUCUGAUUGGGAUGAUGGACGCUGGGAAUGGGAAGAUACACCUCGUCGAGAUUACCGUGAUAAUCGUCCUGGCUCCCGAAGACAGUCUUCAACACGAUCUCCUAUGCUUGCUGCUGCAUCCCCAGAUGCACGCUUGGUGUCUCCUUGGUUAGGCGGGAAUACACCACGUUCAGCAGCGUCCCCGUGGGAUAACGUAUCCCCUUCACCUGCUCCAAUACGUGCUUCUGGUUCCUCAAAAGGGUCUUCUUAUUCACAUUCCAGUGGAAGAUCGCACCAGCUUACCUUUACAUCGACAACUAGUUCUAAUGUCAUCGAUGCUGAUAGAAGCCCCUCAAAUCCUGAUAGGAACUAUGAGAUAACCGAGGAAAUGAUGCAAGAGAUGGACUACAAUGCUGACCGUGCAUGGUAUGACUGUGAAGAACACACCACCAUGUUCGAUGGUGAUAAUUCUAUGUAUCUCGGAGAUGAUAAUUCCUACAAAAAGAAGGAAGCAGAGAUGCCGAAGAAGCUGACUCGUAGAGAUGGUAGCCUGAUGACCCUUGCUCAAAGCAAAAAGCUGUCACAGAUGACUGCUGAUAAUGCUCAGUGGGAGGAUAGACAAUUGUUGAGAUCCGGAGCUGUUAAAGGAACAGAAGUGCAAACUGAAUUUGAUGAGGAGGAGGAACGGAAAGUAAUACUUCUUGUUCAUGACACAAAGCCUCCGUUCCUGGAUGGGAGAGUUGUAUUCACAAAACAAGCAGAACCUGUAAUGCCUCUGAAGGACCCAACAUCUGAUAUGGCUAUUAUUGCACGCAAAGGUUCUAGUCUGGUUAGGGAAAUCCGUGAAAAGCAAAGCAUGAACAAAUCAAGGCAACGAUUUUGGGAGCUUGCUGGAUCUAAGCUUGGAAAUAUCUUGGGUGUUGAGAAAACAGCUGAACAGGUUGAUGCAGAUACUGCUGUUGUUGGUGACCAAGGUGAGAUUAAUUUUAAAGAAGAAGCAAAGUUUUCACAACAUUUGAAGGAUAAGGCAGAAGCUGUCAGUGAUUUUGCAAAAUCAAAAUCCCUUUCUCAACAAAGACAGUAUCUUCCCAUAUUUACUGUCCGGGAUGAUCUGCUACAGGUUGUGCGUGAAAAUCAAGUAGUUGUGGUUGUUGGUGAAACUGGUUCUGGGAAGACUACUCAACUGACUCAGUAUCUGCACGAGGAUGGAUAUACUACCACAGGAGUUGUUGGCUGUACCCAACCAAGGCGUGUGGCUGCCAUGAGUGUUGCUAAGCGAGUCAGUGAGGAAAUGGAGACUGAUCUGGGAGAUAAAGUCGGAUAUGCCAUACGGUUUGAGGAUGUCACUGGUCCAAACACUAUAAUAAAGUAUAUGACAGAUGGAGUGCUUCUCCGUGAAACCUUGAAAGAUGCUGACCUCGACAAAUAUCGUGUUAUUGUCAUGGAUGAAGCACAUGAAAGAUCACUCAAUACUGAUGUUUUGUUUGGUAUACUGAAGAAGGUUGUUGCACGUAGACGGGAUUUUAAACUAAUCGUCACAUCUGCAACCCUAAAUGCAGACAAAUUCUCCAAGUUCUUUGGAGGUGUGCCUGUAUUCCAUAUUCCCGGCCGGACAUUCCCAGUUAACAUUAUGUUCAGCAAAACACCUUGUGAGGACUACGUGGAAGCGGCAGUGAAGCAGGCCAUGACUAUCCACAUAACCAGUGGCCCUGGUGAUAUCCUAAUCUUCAUGACUGGGCAGGAAGAAAUCGAGGCUACCUGCUAUGCGCUUGCUGAACGUAUGGAACAGUUAAUAUCAUCAUCCACCAAGACUGUGCCCAAGCUAGAGAUUCUGCCCAUCUACUCACAGUUGCCUGCUGACUUGCAAGCCAAGAUUUUUCAGAAGGCUGAAGAGGGCGCUCGCAAGUGCAUUGUUGCUACCAAUAUUGCUGAGACCUCAUUAACAGUCGAUGGUAUCUUCUAUGUCAUUGAUACCGGGUAUGGGAAGAUGAAGGUGUACAACCCACGGAUGGGUAUGGAUGCCCUUCAGGUUUUCCCCGCCAGCCGGGCAGCUGCAGACCAGCGUGCAGGUCGGGCAGGAAGAACUGGCCCUGGCACAUGCUACAGGCUGUUCACAGAAUCAGCCUACCAGAAUGAGAUGCUCCCUAACCCUGUGCCAGAGAUCCAAAGGACCAACCUGGGGAAUGUGGUGCUUUUACUGAAGUCCCUCAGAGUUGAAAACUUGCUUGACUUUGACUUUAUGGACCCACCGCCCCAGGAGAAUAUCCUCAACUCAAUGUACCAACUCUGGGUGUUAGGUGCAUUGAACAAUGUUGGUGGCCUUACAGAAAUUGGCUGGAAGAUGGUGGAGUUCCCGUUGGAUCCAACUCUGGCAAAAAUGCUUCUUAUGGGGGAGCAGCUAGAGUGCCUUGAUGAGGUGCUGACCAUUGUAUCCAUGCUAUCAGUGCCCUCAGUCUUCUUCCGGCCAAAAGACCGAGCAGAGGAGAGUGAUGCAGCAAGGGAGAAGUUCUUUGUCCCAGAGUCUGACCACCUGACACUCCUGAACGUAUAUCUUCAGUGGAAGUCUAAUCAGUAUCGAGGCGACUGGUGCAACGACCACUUCCUCCAUGUCAAGGGUCUCCGCAAGGCUCGUGAAGUGAGAUCUCAGCUGCUGGACAUACUGAAAACCCUGAAGAUCCCCCUGACAUCAUGCCAUAUGGAAUGGGACGUGGUGAGGAAAGCCAUCUGCUCUGCGUACUUCCACAACUCUGCCCGGUUGAAGGGUGUUGGGGAGUACGUCAACUGCCGGAAUGGGAUGCCGUGCCACCUGCACCCCAGCAGUGCGCUAUAUGGCCUUGGCUACACUCCUGACUACGUUGUCUACCACGAGCUUGUCCUGACCACCAAGGAGUACAUGCAGUGUGUCACUGCAGUUGAUCCGCAGUGGCUAGCGGAGAUGGGCCCCAUGUUCUUCUCUGUGAAAGAGACAGACACCUCUCUUCUGGACCACAAGAAGAGGCAGAAGGAAGAGAAGACGGCGAUGGAGGAGGAGAUGGAGAAGCUGAGGCAGGAGCAAGCAGAGGCUGCGCGCAUGGAGAAGGAGAAGGAGCGGGAGAAGAGAGCUAAGCAGCAGCAACAGGUUGCUAUGCCAGGCCUGAAGAAGGGCGCGACUUAUCUGAGGCCCAGGAAGAUGGGUUUGUAG